AUGGCGGGCGAAGGUUCUGCAAGUGCGAAUCCGAAUUGCGAGGUCGUUCGCGGACAAACGUUCGAGGUCGGCCCGCGGUACACGAAUUUGUCGUACAUGGGUGAGGGUGCCUAUGGGAUGGUCGUAUCUGCUUAUGAUAAUGUAACGAAAACAAAGGUAGCUAUUAAAAAAAUUUCACCUUUUGAACAUCAAACGUAUAGUCAGAGAACUUUAAGGGAAAUAAAAAUUCUGACCAGGUUUAAACAUGAAAAUAUAAUAGACAUAAGGGAUAUAUUAAGGGCACCUACUAUAGAUCAAAUGAAAGAUGUAUAUAUUGUUCAAUGUCUGAUGGAAACUGAUCUCUACAAACUUCUUAAAACACAGGCUAUUAGUAACGAUCAUAUAUGCUAUUUUCUUUACCAAAUACUACGAGGGUUAAAGUACAUUCACUCUGCGAAUGUGUUGCACAGAGACUUGAAACCGAGCAACCUCCUCUUGAAUACCACAUGUGACCUUAAAAUCUGUGAUUUUGGUUUAGCCAGAGUCGCCGAUCCAGAGCAUAAUCAUGCUGGCUUCCUUACUGAAUAUGUAGCAACAAGAUGGUACAGAGCUCCAGAAAUAAUGCUUAACUCCAAGGGAUAUACUAAGUCUAUAGAUAUUUGGUCAGUCGGUUGCAUACUUGCGGAAAUGCUUUCGAGACGAGCAAUAUUUCCAGGCAAACAUUACUUAGACCAACUGAACCAUAUAUUGGGAAUUCUUGGAUCACCGUCUACUGAGGAUCUUGACUGUAUUGUUAAUGAAAAAGCACGAAAUUACCUUCAGUCAUUACCUUAUAAGCCAAAGGUUCCAUGGACGAGUCUCUUUCCGAAUGCUGAUUCACGGGCUUUGGAUCUUUUAGACAAAAUGUUGACAUUUAAUCCCAACAAGCGAAUCGUCGUGGAAGAUGCGCUCGCACAUCCUUAUUUAGAACAAUAUUAUGAUCCCUCUGAUGAACCUGUCGCGGAAGAGCCAUUUAAAUUUGACAUGGAGUUAGAUGAUUUGCCGAAAGAAGUUUUGAAACAAUACAUCUUCGAAGAGACCCUCCUAUUUCAGAAGAAUCAUCAGGAGAACACUAUGUAGUCUAUUGCUGCAGCAAGUGUGGCAGAACGACCAAAAAGGGGGCGAAGAUGUGGCGUCAUAAUAACAGAAGUGUACUUCAUUUACAGUUGUUCACUCGAUCGAAUGUGUGAAGGAAAGGAGAAGCUCCUCGAACGCGAGACACUGAUCGAGAAGACAAGGGUCGAUCCAGCGGUUAACGGGCGAUAAUGGGAGCGGUGAACGAGGUAAAAAAAAACAAACAAAACAGUAACAGAACAAAAAAAAUACGAAAAAUCGCAGUGUCCGUGCAAACACACUUGUACAUUCGCAUGUCUCUACCGGAAGGAAACAAAAUACAGUGUUUUUUUUUUGUUACAUGGAAUGCAUAAUAUUAAUUUGUACAAUAUAACUUUUAUUUAUCCCGAAUUUAUAUAGGUAAACGCUAGUUGACGAUUAUAUAUUGUUAAUCACCGUCAUACAUUGUCUGUGAUUUAAUUGCCGAGUGAGAAUGGAUGCGGUGGUCGGUGUUCAUGUGUAGACUCUGAGCCACGUAGAACUGCGACCGAUGAGAAAACCAUAUGAGCGAGAGAGGGGAGAGAGAGAGAGAAAGAGAGUGCGAGAGUAAGAAUAUAUGCAUGAAAAGAGGAAACUCGAAGAAGCGUGUGUUUGUCCAUAAUACCAAGAAUAAUACAAUGCCUCUCAAUGCCUUGUAUUGUCAUUAGGACUGG